AUGGAAGAAUUUCGGCAGAGGAACGGGAGGAAGAAGCUCAGUGACAAGCUCUUAGCACUUAGAGAAGCUGUCCCCAAAAUCAGCAAGUUGGACAAGGCUUCCAUAAUCAAAGAUGCUAUUGAGUACAUCCAAGACUUGCAAGAACAAGAGAGGAUUCUCCAAGCGGAGAUAAGGGAGCAUGAAUCCAAAAGAUUGAUGAAACAUCCUGAUUCUGGCAUUGAGCAAGAGCUACCAGACUUGUUAAGAUCCAAGAGAACAAGAUAUGACCAAAUUUAUCAUCACAGUUUGGGCAGAAGUACUUGUCCUGUUCAAGUUCAUGAACUUGCUAUUACCUCUAUGGGAGAGAAGACAUUGUUAGUUAGCUUCGAAUGUAAUAAAACGACAGACGCAAUGAGUAGGAUCUAUGAGGUUUUCGAAUCUUUGAAGCUAAAAAUUAUCACAGCAAAUGCCACAGCUCUCUCAGGGAUGAUAAAGACGACAGUCGUGAUAGAGGUCGAUGAAGAAGAGAAAGAGCAUCUGAAGAUAAAAAUUGAAAGAGCUGUUUCAGCUCUCAGAUCCCCACAUGCAGUCCAAUGAUGGGAAAUUGAAGCACAAUUUCUCUAUUUCCAUCAUGGCUUUAGGAGAUCAAAUCCAAAUAAAUUGUAACCAUAUUAAGAAAUUUUCCAUAUUCCUCUUCUGGGACACCAUAUAUCAUAGAUGUAAAAGCAACCUGUAGUGCAAUUAAUGUUUAAUUUUUCCCUGUAUGCCACAGUAAAAUGAACGAGAGCGUGUCU